CAAGCGACCCUUAUCUCCACCUGUAAUCUACUUGAGUGUGAAUUUAUUAAUAAUAAUGGGAAUCUCACACCUGACACUUAAUACUUAAACUAAAACUGACACGUUUCUGUACCUGGAACAAGUUUCUUUUUUUUGCGGAGUGGGCUUUCCAGAAACAUUUUAUUUAUUUUUGUAACAAUGCUGGCCGACUUUUUGGCCCGGUUUUCCAUCCCGUUCGCCAUCGCGAUAAUACAUCUGACUGGAAAUCCGACUCAAAUUUGGCAAAAAUCUGUUCACCAGAACAAUGGCAUCGAACAGAUUAAGCUGUACGACGAAAUAUUAAGGAUAAGUGACCACACGUUAUCAUCCGCAAACAAGGAGGGCGAGGGCCCUACGGAAUACUACGACUACGUAAUUGUCGGUGGGGGUGCGGCCGGCGCGGUCGUGGCGAAUAGGUUGUCGGCCGAUGGGAAUUACACCGUACUUUUGCUCGAAGGAGGGGGCGAUCCAAAUCCGUCGAGUGAGAUUCCACUGGCGCAAUUGUUGCUGUGGGAGAGUGAAAUGGUGAUGAAAUAUGUGGGUGUGCCGCAGGAGAGGGCGUGCCUUCAAAAUGGUGGGGUUUGUGCAUAUCCACGCGGUCGUGCCCUUGGGGGAAGUAGUUCUGUAAAUGGGCUCCUGUACAAUCGUUGUAACCCAAAAGAUUACGAUUACUGGGCAGAAUUUACGAACGAUACGAGAUGGUCCUUCGCCAGUGUGCUGGACGCUUUCAAGAGCUUGGAAAAUUAUCACGGCUUCUAUGAAGACGAUUCAAGUCCAAAUCAUGGCGCAGAAGGGGAAAUGCAUGUCGGAAAGUUGGAAUUUCUGCCUGGAGUGGACGAGUUAUUUGCAGCCCUGGAAGAAAAAGGUGUCCCGAUUGGUGACCUAAAUUCUGGUCUGUUUCCCUACGGUUUUUCGAAAAUUGACUCCAAUAUUAAGGACGGAUUAAGAUGGAGUAGUUACCACGCCUUUAUCAAGCCGAUUGAAGCCAGAGAAAAUUUUAAGAUUUAUAGGUACGCAUGGGCAACGAAGAUUCACUUCAAUGAGACAAAUCAUGCAAUCGGGGUGUCUUACAUGAGACAUGGUCAGGAACGAUAUGUCGGUGCAAAUAAAGAGAUAAUCUUGUCGGCUGGAGUUUUUGACACGCCAAAACUCCUCAUGCUCUCCGGUAUCGGACCAAGACAACAUUUAGAGGAACAUUCAAUUCCUGUAAUCGUUGACUCUCCCGCGAUUGGAAGUAAUUUCCAAGAUCAUCCUGGCGUAUCGGCGUACCCGUUCGCAAUCAACAAGUCGCUGGGAUUAGUGGAUUAUUUAACGCCGGAAAAUGUGGCAGAAUUUGUGACCACAGGAACAGGACCACUCCUAAUGUUCCCAACGUCGAUUGGAUUCGCUAAUUUUGCCCCACAAAUUGCCAAUGGAUACAUUAGCAGCACCCACUCCGAUUACAACGAUAGGAACUGGCCAGAUUUACAUGUUUAUAUCCACGAACAAGUUCUCACGCCGGGAAAUGGGGUAGAAGAGGAAACAAUAUUUUUCGACAUUGAACUAGUUCGGAGUGAACAGGUGGGAACGGUACGAUUGGCGAGUGGCAAUUAUUCAGAUGAUGUGCUAAUCGAUGGAAAAUUCUUUGAAAAUAUUUACGACGUGGAGAGAAUUCUUGAUGGUAUUGAAUUCAUGACGGACAUUUUCCUCAAUUCGUCGACGUUUCAAUCUCUCGGAAUUAAGUGGAGUGAAAAUGUCCCUCUACUUCCGGCCUGUUCCCAGUACACUUUUCCAUCUCGGGAACACUGGCGUUGUUACGUGCAUCAGACCGCUGUGCCGUAUUACCAUCCCACCUCAACCUGUCGGAUGGGACCUAAUAUCACCGUGGCAGGAGUGGACUCCAAAUUAAGAGUGUUUGGCACCAGUGGACUUCGAGUUAUUGACUCUUCCGUCUUUGUCCGAGCACCCAACGGCAACACGAACAUUCCAUCCAUGAUGGUGGGUGAAAUGGGGGCCAGGAUUAUUAUAGAAGAACAAUAACUUAUUUACACAAUUUAUGAUGAAUCUAUAAUUUACGCAUUUAAUUAGAAAUAUAUGUACAGUAUGAACACCACAAUUGUUAUGAAUUUUAGAUACUGAUAUUUAGACAACUUUACCAGUAGAUACUACUUACUUUCAUAAUCUGCCUCAAAUACGUAUGCUAUAACAAGUUUAUUAAAUACAAACUGGCACAUUUUUGCAGAUAAAGAACCUAUUUAAGUCAGUCCCAAGAAUUUAUGUACGAUGUUACCUGUAUACACAAAAUAGCUGAAAGAAUACGUAGAGGAAUGUACAUAAAUCGAAUUAUUUGGCCUCCUGUGUAAAGUAAAUUUUAGUUUUAGUUUUAACCUCCGCCAAUGUACUCAUCAUAAUUUAUUAAUAUAAUUUGCGAGUAUUUAUUUAUGCAAUAUCCACCAAUAAUAUCAGGCAUAAGGUUAGGAAAUAGAAAUUAUAGUUUGGAUCGAUUUCCCAUCAAUGCUACUGGUUGUAUGUAGUUAGUUUUUGCACGUUUUAAUUUCAAAAUUUAAUUUUCUGUUGAAAUUUAUGUACAUACACUGAUGCGAUCUAUUGUUCGUCAAAGGGAACGCCAUUUGGUAAAUCGAGGUUCUACGAAAAACAACAAGUUAUAUUCUUAUUAUUAUUUUGGCAAUUAGUAGAUAAAUUAACUCGGAAUAUCGUGACCUAAAUUCAUUUUCCACAAAAAAUUAUGUAUGGGGUAAAUAAAGAUUUUUCCGAGGUAACUUAAAAUCAA